AUGGCUACACUCCAAGACAUUUUCGAGCUCGUGCUCCCCCACGUCCCCACCCCGCCGAUCCGCCCAAAGUCGUUCGCUCAGUUCGACUUCUCCACCACUGAUGAACCGUGGUGGGCGAUGAAGGACGUCACUUUCUGCCGCAUGCCUGGAGAGCAGGAUCCACAUCUCGGGAUUGCCGUUCGGGAUCGAACCCUGCUCGAUCGAGUCACCCGAGCUCUACAGCGAGGGCUUGAACGAACCUCCACGUCACCGAGCACUCCCCUCGAACCAAACACGCAAUACUGGGUGAAAGACUACUUCGACGACUAUGAUUGUGCGGCACUCGCCGAGGAAGACGGCAAUUCUUAUCCUCGAGUCGAUCAUACGCGUGUUCAUCCGCCCCAUCGUCAGGAUGCUCUGCGGAGACCCUCGCCUCGUUAUAGCCGCCAGAGAGCCGCGCUCCACCAUGGGUCAAACUGGCGAUCGUAACUGGGAGAUGAGGAGUGCGUCGACCUUGCACACGACAGGCUUUGAACCGUUGACGACACUGGCGAUGGACGCCACAUCAAAGCAGGCGCUUGAGUCGAUCUUUGAGCAAGCUUCUCGGAGUGAGGAUUCGGACCUCGACGUUCUCGACAUUCGCCUCGUCAAAGGAGGCGUUAACCGAAUUCUGAAAUUGGAUGGCGGCUUGGCGAUUGCGGUCAAGGUGAGCGACUCUAUGGCAUGUGUCAGAAGUUGAAACUCGCGCUUGUGAGUUGACUUGCUGUUUCAGAUGGCGCUGCAUAUCCAUCGUGCGGUGAACGGGCGGUUCGGCCUGCUCUGGGGGGCUACCUAUUUCGCUGUGACCGAGCUCGGUGAGUUUUCAAAGUGGGGUGGUGGUGGUGGUGGGCUCGCUGGGAACUCGAGGUCUGACUUGGGUUCUGGGGCGUUGGCUCCUGCGCUAGUUGAAUUCGAGGGAAGGACCCAUCUUGCGGUCAGCGACGUGUGUUCGAUGUCCGCCGUCCCUCCGAGCCCGACUGCACCCAAGAUCCAACCUUUCUUUGGCAUCUUCAUCUCGCUCUUCAUGAGCCACCAUCCCGAAUAUCGGAUCGAUGCCCCCUCGGACGACGAUUUGCGGGCAUGGCAUGUCGCCGCGGAGGAACUCGACCGCUCCACUGCUCUCGCGCGCCUUCGACCGAUGCUCAAUCUUGACGAUGCGGUGGUCCCUCUGCUUCAAGAUGCCAAGACCGUGAUUGGUUUGCGACACCAUCCGGGUAGCCAAGUGUGUGCUCGGUUUUCCCCUUCCGCUUUCUUGAGCCAUGCACUUAUAUUUGGGGCUCCUCCUGAACUCUUUGGCAGAUCGUUUGUGAUGUCGAGACGAACGCGAACUCGAGUAUGGUCGCGAUCGGCGUCGAACUCGAAUGCGACGAUGUGGGUGCGACCUCCGCUCUUGGCUUGACUUGACAAAGUGUGCUGACUUGUUGUUACUUUCUCAUUAUUUUGUCGGUGCCAGUUCUUCGGGUCAGAUCUCAGUCGAGCCAAUCUUUGUGAACGUCAAGAGACCGCACCGGUCUUGCCCUGGUUCGAUAUACCACUCGCGGAUGCCAUGAAGCUCGAUCGUCUCGACCUCAUCACGCCGCUUGGGCGUGGUCUGACUGCCACGGUUUGGAAAGCCAAGUGGUCGCGUCGAUCGGGGCCUGGAAAUGUCCGCAGGUCAUCGCGCCUCGCCCGCCGGAGCGAGGACGUUCCUGUGGUCGCCAAAGUCGUCCCGGCUGCGUUCACGUCGUCGGUCGCUCGCGAGUACUUCAUCUACACCCAGGCUGUGCCUCGGCUGUCUCCCGAAGCUCAAGCAUACAUGCCCAAGUUUUUCGGUCUCUAUCGGAGUGGCUGGGACGGUGGAGGCUUCGUGCUCGUGAUGGAAGAUGUCGGACAGCCAGUCACGGACGAGGAGUUUGACGCGGGUCAAGAUAAGGCAGCGAGGCUCAGUCAAUCAACUUUUUCCUCGAAUUUGGCCCUCUCUGGAGGGCCAAUUGCUGAUCCUCGCUCCUCUGACUCCUUCAGGGCUGCCUUCGACUUGCUCAGCAAAGAGGGGCUUUCUCACCAGGAUGAGCGCGCUAACAAUGUUCUUCGGCGCGAGGAUGGUAGGCUUUUCAUUGUCGAUUGGGGAGAAGCAGAAUUCUAUCCGCGGCCGCGGCCUGCCCUUCAAAGCGGCGUGGGAAAGGAUGGUACAAAGUCGUAG